UCAUCCUGAUUAUGAUAAGAAUUUUAUUCUAAUUUCAUAGAUAUUAUUGUUUGAAGUAAUACAACUAUUUUUAAUUAUAAAUACAUUAUUUUAAUUAUUAGGACUACAUUGGUGAAGUAAAGAUGGCAUUGUUUAAUGAUUGAAUAGUCAGCUGAUUGUUUGUGAACCGUUUACGCUUUUAGUUAUAGGUUAGGUCAUACUUUGUUUAUUUUCACGCAGAAGCCAAAAAUAUUGAAUAAUUUAAUAAUUGCAUUGUUAUGCAAAUAGUAACUCAUCUACUGUCCAUUUAAUUUGUUAAAAUGGCUGGAAAAGAAAAAGUAUUGAUAUGUGGCGAUGUUAACGGAAAAUUCAAGACGGUUUUCGCUAGAGUGGAAAGUAUCAACAAAAAGAAUGGGCCGUUCAGCUACCUGUUAUGCGUAGGAAAUUUUUUCGGAAACAAUGCCAAAGAUUGGGAGCCCUACGCCAAUGGAUCUAUAGAAGUACCGGUUCCAACAUAUAUUCUUGGUCCGAACAAUGAAAAACAUGUUAGUUUCUAUGCUAAUGCAGAUCGCGGUCAGCUAGCACCAAGCGUUGUUUAUCUUGGCAAAAGAGGAGUGCUGAAUACAAUAUCUGGAAUGAGAAUCGCCUAUUUAAGUGGAGUUGAAGGUGAUAAGAAGGAAUACACGUUUACUAAGGAAGAUAUUGUCCAAGUGCGAGACUCCUGUAUCAAGGGCCAGCCUUCUUAUCGCGGUGUUGACUUCCUGCUGACAUCUCCGUGGCCAAGUGAUAUUUGCAAUUUGGACGAAAAAGCGGUGAAAAAUCCACCGGCAGGAUCAUCACUCCUCUCUUGGUUGGCUGUUCAGAUCAAGCCGAGGUAUCACAUAUGUGGGUUGGAGGGGUUCUAUUACGAACGGUCUCCUUACAAGAACCUAGAUGCAGGGCACGGCAUUCACUGCACGAGGUUUGUGGCGUUGGCCGGCGUGGGAAACGCUGAGAAACGGAAGUACAUGCUGGCACUGAGCGUGACUCCUAUCGACGUGAUGAACGUGAUCGAAUUGCAGCAGCAGACCACUGACCAGACAGAGCUGCCGUACGCAGGCGCCGCCCUUUCGUCACGCUGUGGUGGAGGGGGAACCGACGAUGCGCAUGCUCAGUUCUUCUACGACAUGUCGACCUCGGAUGGGGGUGGGGCUAGUGGACGCAAGAGGCGCCAUGAUGGAUCUGACAAGAGGCAGCGGCCGACUUUCGAUCAAGACAAAUGCUGGUUCUGUCUUGCUAGUCCAGAAGUGGAAAAGCAUCUGGUGAUAAGCAUUGGAACUGAGGUAUAUUUGGCAUUAGCCAAGGGAGGACUUGUGCCUGACCACCUGCUAAUAUUGCCAGUGGCGCAUCACCAGUCUACAUCAAGUGUACCAUCUACUGUAUCUGAUGAGAUCAAACAAUUCAAAUCAGCGUUGAAGAAGUAUUUCAAAAGUAAGAGAAAAGCUGUUGUAUUCUUUGAAAGAAACUACAAAACAUCUCACUUGCAAAUACAAGUGGUGCCAGUUCCAAUUGGCGCAACAGAAAUAUUGAAGGCGGAAUUUGAGGCUGGCGCUGAAAUGGAAAAUUUCAAUUUGGACGAGUUGCCAGAGCAAACUGAUCUUCAGCAGAUAGCCCCUCCUGGCACGCCCUACUUUUUUGUAGAAUUGCCUUCGGGCGAGAAACUAUUCCAUAGAGUGCGAAAAAACUUCCCUCUUCAGUUUGGAAGAGAUGUUCUGGCCAGUGAACCAGUCCUGAACAUGGAAGAGAGAGCCGAUUGGAGAGAAUGCAAACUUACGAAAGAAGAAGAAGUUGAAAUAUGCCAGAAAUUCAGAAAAGAUUAUCAGCCUUUCGACUUCACAUUGUAAACAAAUAUCUUGUAUGCUCUCUUUUGCUUACCUGAUCAAGUGUUUGGUAGCUACAUCCAUGACGUAACCAGCUCUUGACAGAUACUGGGCACGGGGCGACGUUCUGAUGGACUUUUGAUGCUUGUAUGAUGCAGUGUCUCUAGGCAGUGA